AAAGCAAGUCUGCACGUCUGCCUGUGUCUGCUUGUCUCUGCUCAGUCUGGUGUCAUUCUCCAUCGAUCGCUGGGCAGCGUAGCACCGCCCUGCACCACCCCACCCCGCAGCAUGCCAAGGCCACACCACCUGCUCCUACCCCUGCUCCUGCUGCUACUCCUGAAUGUCUCCUUGGCAGAUAUUCAGGACAUCGUGGCCGCCUGCACAGAAUUCCGUACCUGCGGGUGUGCUCUGGGCGUCACAAAGGGAAAACCGGCCCUCGCGCGCGUCCGGAACAAGGAGACCGACAAAGGCUGCAUUGGGGUCUUAAUCAACGACUUGUACAUCCUGGCCAACGCUGAGUGCAGGAACAUGACAAACCGGACGGAUGUGGAGCUCACCGUCACUCUCAAGAAGGAGAGAGUCGCGGUGGAUAGCGUCAUUCUACCUCCCGAUCACUUCCCUGACAUGAUCCCGCGACAGAACAACAUCAUGCUUCUCCGCCUUAGAGCCCCGCUAAAUAUGUCACUCCAUGUACCCAUCUGCCUCCCAGAAGCUUCACUCUUCGUGCACCUGGGCGCGAAGGCUCUCAUCAUGUCUCCAGGGCACCUAAGGAUUGGCGUUAAGAUACAAGGACGUAAAUGCUGUUAUCGGCGACGCACGAUGGGCUUGGUGAGGUCUAUACUCUUGCGGGAAGGAUUAUUUUUGUGUGCCGGGGAGGUGACGACGCCUUUUUGCAACCAUGAGCCCGGGAACUUGCUGGUGAUGAAGCGGCACGGAUGGUUCACGUUGCUCGGCCUCUCCACCACUCAAGAGUUCUUCACGAUGUGCGGCAAUUCCAUGGGCCUCUUCUCCGAGGUGCUGCCGCUGCGGGAGUGGAUCAGGAACAACACCCAAGACGCAUCCCAGUGCCAGUUUGUGUAGAGGCGGACUCGCGGACGGACGGAAAAAUAGACAGACACCCCUAACACCUCCACGUGCCUGCUUACGCAUCAACGGAUAGACGGAUAGAGAAAGAGAUGGGUGGGCAGGUAUAUAGAAAGGUAGACACACACACAGACGUAAUGGAAACACAGGAUCAGUGGGUGCCAAACAAUAUUAAACAUGUCUGUGACGUGACGGAAGGACGGACGGACAGACAGAGAAAUAAACAAACUGAUACACACACGCAUCCAGACAGACUAAAGAGUUAAACGUACACACAGACAGACAGACAGACAGACAUAUGCACACAAAUUUGGACAAAAUGUCACCCAGCCAAACAACCAGUGAGCCAGACAAACAUAAUCACUAUAUUCACAGACAAACACAGAAGCACAGAGUAUAAAAAGUGCCAAAUAAUGUUAAAAAUACCAUCACUCAAUGAUGCAUGUUCGUUAAUAUCUUUUCCGGACCAACACACGAAGGGACACAAGGAGCAAGCUCAUGAACGGUAUCAAUCGGUGUGCAAAGAAACGCCUUGAUCGCUGAGGGCAAUGAACCCUAUAUACUUUGGAACGGACACUAGUAAGUUAUACUAAAUUUUUGGUUAUUUUCAUAGAUGAUAAUAUCAAUUGGAAAUAUCAAAUUAACUCUGUUGUGACUAAGUUGUCUAGGAUGUGUGGUAUUUUAUAUAGAAUAAGAAACAACCUUACACUAGAAGCACUUGUCAGCAUGUAUUACACGUUAUGGGUAGGCGGUGGCCGAACUGGUAGCGUACUGGGCCCACAUUCACCGCGUGAUGGACGACGCAGGUUCGAAUCCCCACGCUACCACUCGGAUUUUUCAGUCACCGCCGAGUGGCUUAAAACUACCCACAUGCUGUCCUGAAGACCACCCACCAACCCGGACUCUAGAGGAAGCCGUCCAAGCGAAUCAAGAACGAGUUCCGUGGGGCAGCAUGAGACAAUGCAAGAUGGCGCCACUAUAAAAACACUCGCCUGCGCCAGAACGGGCUGGGCCGACCAUCAGGCCCCACCUGGAAGAAGCCUUGGGCCGACCAUCAGGUCCCACCGGGAAGAUGCCUACCGGCGCAAUAGGCAACGUAAAAAAAAAAAAGAAAAAAAGAAAAAAAAAAGUUAUCCUCAUUUCAUAUAUUGUGUAUCAGACCCUCCUUUCUCAAGAACUUGCAAAUAGCUCAAAACAAGAUAUUUAGGUGUAUGUUUUAUAUGAACAAAUUUGAGUCUACACAUAACUUAUUUUCUACACACAAAUUUCUUAAUUUAUAUAGUAUUCAUAAAUACUUUUUAUUAUUAUUUUUGUAUAAAUCCCUUGCACGGUUCCAUGGAAAUCAACAUUUUCGUAUUGUAAGCACAUUGCAGAACAUUCGCAGUAAUAAUGUUAACCUUAUUUGCCCACAGUUCAGAACAGUUCUUUUCAGAAACAGCGUGUUAUGCUCAGGACCUCAUAUGUGGAAUUCUUUGCCAAUAGAAAUCAAACAACUUUUACACAGUGGUAACUGUACUUUAUUUAAGAAAUCAUUAAAAACUCAUCUGCUCACUGUUCAAAAUAGUUUGGGGUAAUUAAUUGUAUUAUUACUUAUAUAUACUUUUGUAUUCUGUACUGUAUGUAUAUAUUAUCUGUAUAUAUAAUUAGGUAGGUUCGUACUGUAACCUUAAAAAAAAUAUAAAGAAAAAUAAAGUCUAUCGGGAAGGUUCGGCUUGACAGACUUAGCCAAUGCUAAUAUGAAAUGUAUUAAAUAACAUUAUGUUCUUGUAAUGUAAUGGCAAUAAACAUUUACUUACUUA